GUCCUUUAUAUUAGCGUAACAAUAAUAAUGAUGAAAUAUGCAUACAUGAAAAUAAUUAAUGAUCCCAUCAGUAUCAAAUUUUUUCCCCCUACAAAUAUAAUGGAACGGUCAUUUUCAGUGAACGCUAUCUACAUGCACGACGAAUGGUAUGGAUGAGGAAAUUUAUGCAUAAAGCUCACCAGCUCAGCUAGCUCGCUGGCCUGGCGUAUAAAACGUUCCACAGUCAUUCAAAGAAAAGCCUCUGACUGGUUUGACGGUUCGACCUCAUCAUUUUAGCAUCUCAUAUCGCCUCAGUUUGAGAUAAUAAAUAUACACACAGUUUGUGUCUCGGGAAUAUACAUUAUCUAAAAAAAAAUUGGAUCUAUAAUCUGAAUUGUUAGAUUUGAAGACGAUCGACGGCAUCUCAAAAGGAAAUGUGGAUGGAUGUUGGCCCAAUCCGUUGUGCACUGAUAUGAGUGGCAUCCAUUACGUCAUUAUACGCCCCUUGUACUGUGUGUGUGGUGGAUUGAGCGCGGGAGGAGAGUUGUUAUUGAUGUUAUCCGUGCAAUCAAUCAUUCAUACCCGCUUGCGUAGACUGUCGAGCUAAUCAGACGCUCUUUAAGGAUUCUUCAUCAUAUCUGAUACUGGUUCCGUUGAACUAUUGCACAUUCAUUAAUGAGCAACAAUAGACAGAAGAACGACUUGGAAGUUGGGUUGAUGAUGGCGGACACAGGUAAUGCUAACCAUCGGGCCAAUAACGACGGCCAGGUGGAAGUCAUUGGUGCAAACGCUUCAGAGGAAGGUAUGGGCUGCUGUGGAUUUCUGCUCACCAUUCUCUCUUGGCUCAUAGUCAUAUGCACCUUGCCUUUUUCACUCUUCAUCUGCAUAAAAGUGGUCCAGGAGUAUGAGAGAGCUGUCAUUUUCAGGCUUGGGCGCCUCUUGUCCGGUGGUGCCAAAGGCCCGGGUCUAUUCUUCAUCCUGCCCUGCAUCGAGGAUUACACCAAAGUCGACCUCCGGACCAUCUCCUUUGACGUCCCCCCUCAGGAGAUCCUCACCAAGGAUUCUUUGACCAUUUCUGUGGAUGCGGUGGUGUUCUUCCGCGUCCAGAAUGCAACCAUCAGCAUCGCCAAUGUGGAAGAUGCCAACAAGUCUACCAGGCUUCUGGCUCAGACGACCCUCCGGAAUGUCCUGGGCACCAAGAACCUGGCAGAGAUCCUGUCCGACCGGGAGGGUAUCAGCCAGUACAUGCAGUCCAACCUUGAUGAGGACACCGAUCCUUGGGGAAUUAAAGUGGAACGAGUAGAGAUCAAGGAUGUCCGUCUGCCUGUCCAGCUCCAGAGAGCCAUGGCUGCGGAGGCCGAAGCCUCCAGGGAGGCUAGGGCAAAGGUCAUUGCUGCAGAGGGAGAGCAGAAUGCUUCCAGGGCUCUCAAGGAAGCUGCUGACACCCUGGCCGAAUCUCCUGCAGCUUUGCAGCUAAGAUAUCUUCAAACCCUCAACACAAUCUCUGCAGAGAAGAACUCUACUAUCAUCUUCCCACUCCCGAUUGAUCUCCUCAACAGCUGGGUGAAAUAGCCGUGAAUUCCUUAUUAUCCAGGAAUCUUGUGAGCAUCUGUGACUAUCAUUUUCUGGUACCUUUACUUUUGUAAAUAGACCCAAUCGUUUACGAUUCCUUCGAAACCUUUUAAAAAUGACUUGAGAAAAAUAAUGGAGGAGCAGCCACAAGUAAAUUAUUUCAAUACAAUCUUUCACUCCAACCUUAAUAAUUUUUGAUAAAUUCUCCUUUAUAAUAUAUAUUUUCUUUGAAGUAUUUCAAAAGUCUUUCUUUUCCUUUUCCUGUUUUUUUUAAACAUGACGGCCUUGCAAUUUGAUAGUUCAUUAAAUGAUUUAACCCUCUCUUUCCUUCUAAUUGCCUCAACUAAAUCCAUUCUCGUGUAAGCUUGUAUACGCCAUGCAUAGUGCUUCAGGUGUUCAUCAAUAUAUACAUAUCAUUGUUAAAACAGAAAUAUGAUUAUGUUAUCUUUAAUCUCUAGAAAUGAUUUUUAUACCUGUAUUGGUCAUGCACUUCUUCGUGUUUAACGACGUAUACACAUUUAUUUUCUGUGUAAUUGAUAAAUUGUUCUGCAUGUAUAAGCCAAGAACAUUUUGAAAUAAAAUAUUUUGCCUCUUCAUGAAAGCGCUUCUCAUAUUCUUCACUUAGCUGACGCCUUUGUCUAAUAAACGAUUAUCCAAACAUAUCCGGGCACAUUAUUUUAUACGAAAACUUGAAGGAUUGAAAGAAUGUAACUUUUCUACGCUGUAAAUGCAUUUCAUUACAAAAGUAUGUUGCUAUAUGGAUACUGAAUGUUCAUUAUUGUGAACUCAGUGACGAAAUGUUCAGUUAUUCAUCUUUAUAUCAAAAGUAUGAAAUAUAUUCUCUUCACUGUACAUUAACAUUUGCACAGAAAUUAUUAAAGUUAAGUAUUUAGCAUGUUCAUGUACAAUUUUUCAAAAAAAUAUAUAUUUCACAUUCAGAGUGAGACAAUAAUGAUAAUUUUGCACGCAUGCAUGCUCUCGUUAUCAUCCUUUUACAAAAGGGGGAAGCAGCCCCAUCUGAUAUGCCAAAGUUUUCGGAACGAGUUGGUAGCUUUUUACCCACCCUAGCUCGCCUUGGACGGCGAAAUACUCGGGGGGGGGGGGGCACUCGGAUUUGGAAAGGGAAGGGCCGCAUAUACCACUCCUGCCAUUAUACAUGAGUGUCCCCACCCCGGGCGGGGAAGGGGCUUAAGUUAACCCACUCCCUGCUUUAUAGAAAUAUACUGUAUAGUGUAUAUGUAUAUAUAAAAAUAUGUUCUGUUAUAUUUCAUUGUAUUGUAUGUUUUAAAGAUGACAUUUCCAUUUAUUUCAUUAAAUUUCUUGCCGAUUUAGAUUUACGUGUUAAAUCUAUGCAAAAAAAAAGAAAAUAAUUAGACUCACUAGUUUGACAUUUCAUUUUUAUCACUCGCCUGGCUCGCCCGCAAGAUAUAAGGAUUAAGGCAUGCACCAAGACUUGGCCGUUACCGAUUUUUUUGUGUCAUUAUAAACCACUGGUCAUAACACACUUUAUAGUGUAGUUACAGUGAACCAAAAUAAAUUUAUUUCUUACAGAAUGUAUAAGUUGAGUAAAAAGUAUGAUUUAUACGUAGAUAGUAAAAAAAAAAAAAAUUAUAUCUGGACAGUUUGUUUUCUCCGGACAAGACUGUAAUCUCGAGAACUUGCGGUCAGUAUUUCACUAUUCGAUUGAAAAUUAUAUUAGACAAUAGUACAAUGGACAUUAGUAGUCAUAAUUAUGUUUGCUAUUUAAUGCAUAACUGUUGAGAAAGUCCGGAGGAAUAGAUGAUGCAUGUUUUAUACAUGUAUCUGCUUCGGUGUCCGGACAUCCUACCUACUUUAUACAGAUUGUUUUACUCGCCAAGUUUGGCUAGUUUCCAUGAAAUUUCACAUUUGUAUAAAUCAACUAUUUUUAGAGAAUUGGAUAUAGAUUCGAAUGACUUAAAACAUAAUUAUGAGGAGAUAUAAAAAGUACAUGAUUAUCCGAUUUGAUAGAAUUUGUAUAUACGUAAAAUUGUUUGUAAUGUAAUGUGUCAAUUUUCGCAUUUAUAAUGUUUAUUGAAGAUGUGAUAUUUUGGUUACCUUGUACGUGUACUUUUAGUGUUUACCAAGUUAAAUUUGCUAUUUUGAUUAUAUUUAUGUCAUAUACACUCGUAAAAGUAAUUGCUUAUAAGAACUAAUGCGUUGGUGAAUGACGUGCCCGACCACAAAAUGGUAAAAAAAAUUGGUGAAUAUAUUCUAAAAUUUUGAUUUAUUUUGACCACUAAUUUUGGCGAGACUCAUUCACCGGCGUAUUGGUUGGAUUAAGCACGAAUGUGAACUAAAUUGGGUAUUGACUUUUCUGUAUGGUUUUAUGUAAACAUUUGAAUGGAUGUUUCGACAUGUUCGUAGUAAUUUUGUUUGAAUGUAGGCCUGAAGGGCGCAUAAUUUCAAGUGACUAACGGUCGAUGAAUUAAAUUCAAACCUUGUAUAUAUUAUAUUCCAAUAAUAUUAAUCAUAUCUCUUCCUAAUAUUUAUUGGACUGGAUUUAAAAGCACUCUAUCAGAGGCAGCGGAAAGGAAGGGGGGUAGGUUGAAGUCCCCCACCCCCUUUCGGUUCUGCGACAUAUUGUAUUUAUAAAGAAUGACGUGACCAACUUUUUAGGGGGGAAUUUACGGUAGACCUAAUUUAUUUUCUUUUUGCCUUUUUUACAAGGUGUUCUCUUCUAUAGGCCUAUAUAAUUUUUACAACCCUGUGCACAUUUCAUUUAGAAUACUAAGGUUGGGUGAUGGAGACAAAAAUAAUGACAAUCACUAAGAUAAGAAUAGCCAAACAUCAUUAAUAGGCAAUCUUUUAAUACAAAGAAAAUAACAAGUAAAAUUUUAUUGCACACUUUAUAUUAUUGUAUAAUCGUGAUUUUUUUUUAUUCAAGAUAAAACUCAUGUUGACAAAUAUACCUGGUCCAUUGUUCUAUUCUGAACGCAUGGCAGGUCAAUCACAAACCUGCAAUUUAUUAAUAUUUAAAGGGAAGUUCACCCUGACGAAAAGUACGUUACUUGUAAAAAUACCAGAAAGCCCAACAUAUUGGUGAGGUUUUGAGGGAAGUUAUUUGAAUUUCAAGAGUCUGAUUUGUGACGUCAUACACGAGCAGCUGCCCAUUAUGUUAUGUAAUAAAAUGCAUAAAUUUCAUUUUUUCAAUGGUCCUUGAUGGCUAAAAAAAAUCUUAACAUUCAAAUACAGUUGGAAUGGCAAUUUUGGAAUGAAGUCAAGAGAGGUUGUACCCAUACAAUUGAGACAAAAAGCCAGUAUAGGCCUAGAGAUAUUUCAUGUUUCGUCAAGUAUCAAUCAUCAACUUUUCUGCUUUAUACAUGUCCAUUAAUAGGAAUCAGAAACCACUACAUCUUAAGUAGAUGUUGACACAUUAAACAGACGUGUAUUAUACACGAGUAAAAACAUGCACGGUAAAACACUGUUUUUAAUUUUUUAUCCAACGCUUUUUACUAUAUGAACCUUACAGUAGUUGUUUAAACGGUUUAAACAAGCGUUUAAAAAUCUUGAACAACAAAGUUUAUGUUUUUAUAUCCAUUUCUUAAUUAAGCAUGCAUGGUUGUUUGAAUUGUUAACUACUGUAUGGUUCAUAUAGUUAAGAGCAUUGUAUAACAUUUCAAACAGCGUUUAUUUUUCUCUGUGAAGCGAUUGAGUAAAUAUGAGAAAUGCAUAAUGUGUAAAAUGAUUUUGUUUUUGGCAAAUAUGGCACGAUGCUACUCAACAAACAUUAUGGCCCGUAUUCUGAAGUCGGGUUUAACUUACAUUCAGGUUUAAAGUUGUGGUUUAAGUAUGGAUAUAGCCAAUUCUUACAUAAAUCACUAAUAGUAGAGAUUUUAUAUUUCAUCUCAUUUGGCUCUCAAAUCAUUCAUGAUUGUCUAGAAAUUAUAAAUAGAUGAUUGUCUUCACCAUCGAAGAAUCAGGAAAGCGCACAGUAAAUAUGAGAAACAUACAACUUAUUAAAAAUUUUGACACUUUUGGCUUCCCAUAAUUCUAGCACAGAGUUAGACCAUGGUCUUAGUUAAACCUGACUUCAGAAUACGGGCCUAUAACGGUACCUUCAUUAGGUCGACAUGAUACGAUUUUACUCAACCAACCCUAUCGAAAAAAUAACACAGUGCCCCACAGUGUGUGCCACAGUUUGUUCACAGUGUGGAACACAAUGUGAAAUCACCUUCACACUGUUCGGCAGUGUGAAUUACAAAUUCACAUAGUAGACUAUGUUAACACGCACAUUGUCGAGGUGUCCACAGUGUGAAAAUAUCUUCACACUGUGGAAUAUGAGCAUAUUUUAACAGUGUGAAUAAUAUUGUCCCCUAGUACGUCCACUAUAUGUGAACACACUGAUUGCGCUAUGUGUUCUUUUCAGCAGGGAAAAUGUAGUGCGUUAGGUGACUGUAAGAUAUUUUGAAGACUGAAUAUGUUCUUAUAUAUUAAAUAUUGUUCGUUAAAAUGAAAUGGCUCGGGACUCUGAUAGUGUUAGGCCUACUACAAAUGAAGCAAACACCUAUCUACAAACCUUGUUUUGCAUUGUCAUAAUUCAUCAACUAAAUAUCACUUUCAAUAACUCAGGUAUAUAGGGGGCCUAUAUACACGUGAUAAUUCGGAUGCAUUUUGCAUUAGGCGAUGACGCCUUUGGAAUACAGAUCUCGUAAAACAUCUGGAUAAAAUGACAUGGAUACUGUUGUUUACAUGAAAUCGGUGAAUGUGUGUAGAAUGUACGUCGCAUCGCACAACACACAGCAUCAGUUAUCAUUCCACACAAAAGGCAACUGUUCGCGAUGCGUGCUUUAUUCCCGCUGCCGCGCUGAGCUGACUAAAAUGACUUUAUCAUGGUGUAUAUACCGAGUGUGUUGAAGGAAAGCCAGUAUGAUACGAAUGACCAUUGUAAAUCCUGGAGUAGUAAACGAUGCAUUUCUGAGUAUUAACACUCGUCUAUUUAACGAAGACAAUACAUACACCCUAAAUUUCAAGGUUUGAAAAAAAUUAAUCCAGAUUGGCUGUGAAUAUAAGCCAGUCGAAAAUGUGAUUGAUUUUAAAUCCUAUGGAUACACUUCUAAAUCUCAAAAGACUUUGAAUUCAAUCUUUUAUCUUUACAUACAAAUCCUCAAGGACUUAUCUAAAUAUAAUUUUCAGCCUCACUAUUUACAGCCGAUCUGAAUGCAUUAAAAAUCAUUGAAAUUAAGAGUUUAUAGUCCUCAUUGAAUUAUGUACAAACAAACAUUGUCAGGACUUUUUGGUUUUGAUUAAUUAGGGGUUUUUCACAUUCUAUUAAAAGAGUAGUUCAUGCAGUAAAAAGCAUGUACUGUAUAUAUAUAUAUAUAUAUAUAUAUAACAGUCUAUUGUAUAGGCCCUAUAUUAUAAUUUCAUCCCGAAAGACCCGGUGGAAGCUACACUGUAGUGUAAGGGUGAUCAGGGGCGAUAAAUGGGAAAAUAAUUAUGAUUAUUUUAAGAAGCCGUGUACAAACCAACACGCGCAUUGCGUGAUAUAUUUUCCUUUACCAUAAUGAUCAUUCUGAAUAUAGUUGGAACUCGUGGAACCAAUAGCUUAGCACGGGAGCUUGCCUCAAACCUCUAAUCAAAGGUCAUGUCCACCCAAGAAAGAAGUGGAUUUUAACCAUUGGGAAAAUAAAACAAGCAUAACGCUCAAAAUUUCAAAGAUAUGGCACACAAAUAUAACAACCUAUAUUGUCAUUUUAUCAAUCUGUAUAUUUCAUGUCUUUUGAUCUGUAGGCCUACUCAUAUUGUGUUAAUGCUGUGCUUAAAUGUUUUUUUCUGUAGGCCAUACGCUAAAUGUAACGUAUUAUAUAUCUAAUUUAUUUUUAGGAAUUAUUGUUUAUCUUGUUUAUACUGGAUCUCAAAUAAUUUCUCAGUAAAUGCGUCUGUUUUACAUGAUGGGAAACGUAAUAA